GCCAUUUUCGAAACUAGAGUUUAGGUUUCUUCUUUAGCGUGAUAGGCAUUUUGUAAAUUUUUAAGUAAAUUGUUAAAAUGUCAGUUUGCACGGAAGAAAAAUUCUGUGAAACACCAAAGUGUGAAAAUACUGCUCGUCUUCGAUGCCCUACGUGCAUUAAACUCGGUAUAGAAGGAUCUUACUUUUGUUCCCAAGAGUGUUUUAAAGGAAAUUGGGAUGUACAUAAAUUACUUCAUAGAAAAGCUAAAAAUAUUCAGCAAGUUUCUAAUGAAUCAAUUUAUAAUCCUUGGCCAUGGUAUGAAUUUACUGGAAAAUUAAGGCCUUUCCAAGUAGUAAGACAUCCUCUAAGUGAACAAGCAGUUAAAGGUUCUACUCAUAUAAAAGUACUAGAUGAUGAGGAAAUAGAAGGUUUAAAAGUUGCUUGUAAAUUAGCUAGAGAAGUAUUGGAUGUAGCUGCUAAUGCUGUUGCUGUUGGGGUUACUACUGAUGAGAUUGAUAGAUUAGUACAUGAGGCUUGUAUUGAGAAAGAAUGCUAUCCUUCUCCAUUAAAUUAUUAUGGUUUUCCAAAAUCCUGUUGCACAAACUUAAAAAAUAUAUUAAUUUUACAAUUUAUUUCAGUUGAUAUCACUGUUUAUCAUCGUGGAUUUCAUGGAGAUUUAAAUGAAACAUUUUUUGUUGGGAAUGUAGAUGAAGAGUCCAAAAAGCUAGUCAAAGUAACACAUGAAUGCUUAACAAAAGCUAUUGAAAUUGUUAAACCUGGUGUGAAAUAUAGAGAAAUUGGCAAUGUCAUUCAGAAGCAUGCUCAAGCACACGGUUUCUCUGUUGUAAGAAGCUUUUGUGGCCAUGGCAUUCAUAGGUUAUUUCAUACUGCUCCAAGUGUACCACAUUAUGCAAUUGAUAUCACUGUUUAUCAUCGUGGAUUUCAUGGAGAUUUAAAUGAAACAUUUUUUGUUGGGAAUGUAGAUGAAGAGUCCAAAAAGCUAGUCAAAUUUGAAGUUUAUUGUAUGAUCUGUAACUUAUUAUCACUCUUAGGCACUUGGAGAGAGGUGGUUUGGCCCGACAACUGGACGGCAGUCACACAAGACGGAAAGCGUUCGGCCCAGUUUGAACAGACUCUUCUGGUUACGGAUACAGGUUGCGAAAUUUUGACCCGUCGGCGUGAUAAAAAUGGUCAACCAUACUUUAUGGAUAAUUAAGACCAAAAUGAUCAGUGAUAUAAAAAA